UCUAUAUCCUCAUUUGAUCAUAUAUGCUCAACAAUAUGGCUUCACAAUGUGAUACUGUACUAUUACUAUUUGUGCUCUUCUUGGCACCAUUUCAGUGCAAAGCCCAAUCUGGUUUUAUUCUUCCUAUGUAUGAAGUGGAAGCCGUUAAAGAAAUAGCUGCACAACUGAACAAGAAAGACUGGAACUUCGAUGACCCUUGUAGUAACAAAACCACCAUUGAUGUCCCACACACAGAUCAGUACGAAAAUGUUAUCAUCUGCAAGUGCUCUAUCUCUGAUCAAACAUGCCAUAUCCAAAGCAUUAUUUUUAAAGGGCAAGAUCUUGAUGGUGAGCUUCCAUCAGCAAUAUGGAAGCUAUCACACCUUAAGGAACUUAAUUUAGCCAGGAACUUCCUCAGUGGAUUGAUACCGCGACAGUGGGCUUUGACAAAAUUGGAAAGGCUGAGCAUUAGUGCGAACAAUUUUUCAGGGCCAAUCCCUGGCUAUCUAGGAAACAUAACCACUCUCAGAUAUUUGUCCAUGGAGAGCAACUUGCUUUCUGGAACUAUUCCCUCUGAGUUUGGGAAAUUGGUGAACUUGGAGGUGUUGAAUCUUAAAGCAAACAAGCUCACUGGAGAGUUCCAUCUCACUAGUCUCACCAAGUUGACUCAACUGAUUAUGUCAAUUGAAUAUCUUGACUCAUGCAUGUCUACUCGUUGCAGUAGGAUUAGUGGUAACAAUUUCACAGGAAAGAUGCCUGAGUUUGGAAAUUGGAAACAAGUUCAUAAAUUAGAGAUGGAAGCAAGUGGUUUCAACGGGCCAAUUCCUUCUAGUCUUUCUAACUUGACUAACUUAAUACAACUAAGAAUUACUGACUUAAAUGGGGAGAUCAGCUCAAAUUUUCCGGACGUGAGAAAAAUGAUGAAAUUAGAGAAAUUGAUACUGACGAGCUGUAAACUAAGAGGAAACAUUCCUGAAUAUAUUCGUACUUUGACGAAUUUAACUGUCAUAGAUCUGAGCUUUAAUAAACUAGAAGGGCCAGUUCCAAACUUUGGAAAUAUCAGGACAUUGGAAACGAUAUAUUUAACAAGUAACUUACUCAGUGGGCCUAUUCCAGAGUGGAUGAAGCUCAAAGAUAGUCGCAACAAAAUAGAUAUUUCUUACAAUAAUUUUUCUGAGAUAUCUGAACCAUCUACUUGCCAAGAUUCGCUCAAUCUAUUCCGAAGCACAUCUGGACAGAAAAAUAACUCAAUGCUCAGCAAGUGCCUGCCUCCAUGUCCAAAUGAUCACUAUUCAUUGUAUAUAAAUUGUGGUGGAAAACAAACUACCAUUGGAGACAUCAAGUAUGAAGGGGAUCAGGACCUGGGAGGCGCUGCAAAAUUUGUCCAGAACUCAGCCAUUUGGGGAUUUAGCAGCACUGGUGAUUUCAGGGAUAUUGAUGAUACAUCAACAGAUUACAUAGCAAACAAUGUGUCUGUAUUAAAAAUGAGCAAUUCUGAGCUCUACACAACCGCACGCCUCUCUCCUCUUUCGCUAACUUAUUAUGCUCGUUGCUUAGCAAAUGGAAAUUACACCGUGAAACUUCAUUUUGCAGAGAUAGUACUAAGAGACAACAGAUCUUAUUAUAGUCUUGGAACACGAAUAUUUGAUGUUUAUGUUCAAGGAAAAUGGGAGUUGAAAGAUUUCAACAUUGAAAAUGAAGCUAAUGGAGUUGAUAAAGAAAGUAUCAAAGUUGUUAAGGCAGUUGUGAGUCAUAAGACUUUAGAGAUCCGCCUCCAAUGGGCUGGGAAAGGGACAAGGAAUAUUCCAAGGCAAGGAAUGUAUGGUUCUUUGAUAUCGGCAAUCUCAAUAGAUUCUGAUUUCAAACCUCCAAAAAAGAGAAAAGCAACAAAGCUCAUCAUAAUUGGAGCUGUUUCAGCCUUUUGUCUUCUAUUCAUAGCGUUAGGGAUUCUCUGGUGGAAGGGCUAUCUUGGAAGCAAGGAAUCAAAGGAUGAUGGAACUGCAACAAAUAAUGAUUUGAUUUGGACAAGUACUAACUUGAAGAGAGGAAACGAUCAACCCGAGCUUCAUUUUUUUGAGUUGGAUAGCAUACUAAUGGCCACAAACAAGUUUAGUAUUACAAACAAACUUGGUCAAGGAGGAUUUGGUCCUGUUUAUAAGGGACAACUACAUGGGAAAGAAGUUGCAGUGAAAAGAUUGUCUAGCAGCUCGUCACAAGGCUACGAAGAAUUUAGGAAUGAAAUAAUAUUGAUCUCCAAACUGCAACAUAGAAAUCUUGUUAAGCUCAUUGGUUGCUGCAUUGAAAAUGGAGAGAAGUUAUUAAUAUACGAGUUCAUGCUCAACAAGAGCUUAGAUACUUUUAUUUUCGAUGAUAGAAGAAGGGUAGAGCUUGAUUGGGCCAUACGGUUCAACAUUAUUGAUGGCAUUGCGAGAGGUCUUGUGUAUCUCCAUCGCGAUUCCAGUUUGAGGGUGAUACAUCGAGAUUUGAAGGCCAGUAAUAUUCUAUUGGAUGAGAAGAUGACUCCAAAAAUUUCUGAUUUUGGAUUAGCAAGGAUUUUUGAAGGCACUUUAGAUCUAGCAAAUACUCAUAGGGUGGUAGGAACAAUCGGCUAUAUGUCUCCAGAGUACGCAUUGAGAGGAAUCUUCUCGGAAAAAUCUGAUGUGUUUAGCUAUGGCGUGUUAUUACUAGAGAUAAUAAGCGGGAAAAAGAAUACUAGCUUCAAGGAUGAGGAUCAAUACCAAGGCCUUAUUGCAUAUUCAUGGCAGCUAUGGAGUGAAGGCAGAGGAAUAGAGUUGGUGGAUGAAGCAUUAGGCGAGUCAUAUAAUGAAUCAGAGGCAUUGAAAUGCAUACACAUUGGGCUUCUGUGCAUUCAAGACUUUGCCACAGAUAGACCUUCCAUGGCUCAAGUAGCUUCCAUGUUAAGUAACCAAAUAUUUGAUCAACCUCAACCCAAACAACCUGUUUUUACUUUUCAAGCCAGCAGUAGUAGUUAUGAUCCUUCCAUACAAAGUGGUAAUAGAUGCUCUGUCAAUGAGGCCACUGUAUCAAUGGUUGAACCACGAUAAAAAAAAGAAAAACUUCAACUGUAAAUUAUGUUAAAUGCAUAUUGGGCUACACCUACGCUAUUCAAUAUUUUCUUUUAAAUUUAAUGAACUCCAUUUUGUUAAAACUUGAAAGGAAAUUACUCUAAUGAUUGCAACAAAACCAAAUGUUCUUUUUGUAGA